GCCGAGAUUCGCCGCCCUGAAAUCCAGCAUCAGGGAUUGUCCCCAGCAUUGAUCUAACCAAGAGCUCAGAUCAAUUCCUGCGCCACGCGUACUAUCCAGAUGUGGAUACCAUAUAUGGUAAGAGUACCGAGUUGUACCUUAUAGCUCUCGCCACACUGGGAAAAAGCAACCCAAAGUUUCACACAUCAAAGGGAUCCUCCCUCCCACCAGUCCCUUUCUGCCUUUUUGGUUCAACAAAAAGCUGCGCCUCCCUUCCUCUCCGGCACGCGCGCACCGGAAUAUCUCACCGGCGUUUAUCUGGUUAACCGGCGGCGAAGCGGUUUGAGCUCGGCGUUGUGCUCUUGGAUGUGGUAUACUCGAUCUUCAUCGAUGGAUUGCGUGGGUUGAAUUGUGUAGGAAAGGUUACUGUGGUUUUCUGAGUGUUGAAAGAGGUCGGAGAUCGUGCGGAGACGAUUUUGAUCGUCACUGAGUGAGCUGAUUCAGUGGGUCUUCCCUGAAGUGUAGUAGUAGCCGAAAAUGUCUUUUCAGAAUAAAAGCAUUUGGAUGCCAAGGGAUGCUGGGUGUUUGACUGAUGGAGAGAUGGGCUAUGAUAAUCCAUCUAGAAUUGAACCAAAGCGUGGUCAUCAGUGGCUUAUGAGUGCUAAUGAACCAGAACUUUUUUGCAACAAGAAGCAAGCAUUAGAAGCCAUUAACAGCCGGCCAAUUUCAGGGAUAUCAAAUAUGAAUGCCUCUCUUUGGGAACACACUCCUAGUUUUCAGUCACCCUCAGGGCCUUUCACUGAUCGCUUGUUUGGAUCUGAGACCGGGAGGACUUUCAGUAUUCUAGAUCAGAGCAUUCCAUCUGCUGGAAACAUGAAUAUGGGAAGAAAGGGUUAUGAGAAUCAAUUUGGGAAUGAUUCUUCAGUUGCUUUAUCUAUGUCUCAUGCUGUUGAGGAUCCUGUUAAUUGUCUCAACUAUGGUGGAUUCAGGAAAGUUAAGGUCAAUCAAGUGAGGGAUUCUGACAGUGGCAUGUCUGUAUCGAUGGGACAUGCAUAUAAUAGGGGAGAUAGCAGUGGAAUUUCCAUGGGAACCUCUUAUGAUAAGAGGGAUAAUAACACAAUUGCGUUGGGCCCGACUUAUAAUAAUGGGGAUGAUAAUGGCAUUUCAAUGGCCCCCAGCUUCAGCAAGGCGGAUGACAAUUUCAUUUCUAUGGGUCAUACCUUUAAGGGAGAUGGUAAUUUCAUAUCAAUUGGUCAUACUUUUAACAAGGGAGCGGAGAAUAUCCUAUCAAUGGCUCAGCCCUUUGACAAGGGAGAUGGCAAUUUUAUAUCAAUGAGUCAACCAUAUGAAAAGGGUGAUGGAAAUAUGAUAUCAAUGGGUCAUGCUUAUGACAAAGGACAUGAGAAUUUUAUUUCCAUUGGCCCCACCUUUCACAAAAAUAAUGAAAAUUUCAUUUCAAUGGGUUCAACCUAUACUAAGAUGGAUAAUAAUAUCAUAUCAAUGGGUCCAGCAUAUGGCAAGGGAGAGAGCAAUGUUGUUUCAAUUGGUUCUGCAUAUGACAAGGGAGAUCCCAACAUUCUGUCCAUGGGUCAGAAUUACAAUAAGGGCGAGGGCCAUACCAUAUCUUUUGGAGGCUUUCAGGAUGAACCUGAAACAAAUCCCUCUGGCAAGGCCAUCACUCACUAUGAUUUAGUCGUCAGUCAGUCCUCAGGUCAAGCUUCAGAAGGACUGAGCCAGCAAGAUAUGGUUCAGUCAAAUGCUGAUCCAAUUGUUAGCAAGGCUCCAGUAGCUGUGCCCAGAGCUGACAGUGCUACCAAGCAUAAGGAGCCAAAGACACCUAAGAAGGUUCCCCCAAACAAUUUCCCUUCUAAUGUCAAAAGCUUGCUAUCAACUGGUAUGCUUGAUGGAGUUUCUGUAAAAUAUGUUUCCUGGUCACGGGAGAAAAAUCUUCGAGGAAUUAUAAAGGGGACUGGGUAUUUGUGUGGUUGCACGGAGUGCAAUCUUUCCAAGUCUCUCAAUGCUUAUGAGUUUGAGCGUCAUGCUGGAUGCAAGACCAAACACCCGAAUAAUCACAUUUAUUUUGAGAAUGGUAAGACCAUAUAUGCUGUAGUCCAAGAGUUGAAGAGCACUCCUCAGGAAAUGCUGUUUGAAGCAAUUCAAAGUGUAACGGGAUCACCCAUCAAUCAGAAGAAUUUCCGUGUAUGGAAAGCGUCGUAUCAAGCUGCAACCCGCGAACUUCAGCGUAUCUAUGGAAAAGAUGAAGUGGUCAUGCCAUCCUGAAAUAAGAAGUCUGCCUCCUCCAAAUGUGUGGGGGUAGGUUAGUAGUGCCUGACAUGUGCAUAGCAUAAAAAAGUUAUUAUUGGUAAAUUAAGCACCCAGUUUGGAAUUCUAGGUUGAAUGGUCAAACAAACAGAUGCUUAUGGUUAUUGUAGUGCUUUCAAUUUUAAUGUUUUUUUUCACAUGAGAUCUGAAAUGUACUUCAGGUUUUUGGAAUUUUUAGAAGUACAUGACUUGUGUGUGCAAAAAUCCUAAUUUUUGGGUUGAAGAAGGUUAAGGUGCCGCCUUCUUUGAGUGGUGAGGCAGUAUGCCGGGGCUGGUGUGUGCCUGCAGAGAGACCAGACUGUUUCAUCACAGCUUUUGAUUGUUCAUCCCCUUGGGGAUGCUGCACUAAUGGAAUAUUAAGAUUUUAUC